AUGACUCAAUCCAACUUGGUCACCGACUCUUAUAAAAAUGGCUUUUUUGCCUGCUCGUCGCAUCUGCAGGACCUCUCUGGAGCCCCGCGCGGGCUGUCUCAGUACGCGUGCCUCCAAAAGCCCCGACCACACUUGAGGCUCAGACCAAGUUUUUUCAUACAGUUGAGCCCGUACAAGAUAGAGUUCGGACACGUGUGCGAGGAUCCUAACUCCUGGGAGCAGCGCUACGAGAAGAAGGACUUCAAAAACCAUAGGGAUAUGGGCAAAGUGCGAUGGGGCGACAAACAAGGAGGGUACGGAGAACACUACUGGGAUCUGAACCAUGCCGGACAUGCUGGCAAUCAUAAUAACGAUGAAGAUGACUCCUAUCGAUCCGACGAAACGCCUUACAGUUCACCAUACCAACCUAAUGACGACUCCUACGGCGUUCACGAUACAAAUGAUGAUGGUGAUACGUACGACGACUCUAGUGAUCAAUCUCCCAAAUAUACGGAGUAUAAUCCAGAAAACACCCAAAACAGCGAUGAGACAAACAGAGCAAAGAGAGCUCAUCCUAGACUCAAAACUGAAAAACAGCAGAGGUCAACAGAAAGUCCAAGAAAGCUGCAAAGAUUCCGCAAAAUCAAAGAACCUACAGUUGCUGCGAGUAAUGUUGAACCCAUUGAACCAACCGCGGCCAAUGUUGAACAAGUUGAAACUACUGAUAGGCCUUUGAAAAGACGCAGUAAAUUGAGACAAGUUAAGACAUCGAAAGACGAAUAUCAAGAACCUGAUCAGGACGACUUGAAAGCGAAAAGUUCAAAUACUCAGGUACAAACCCAAAACCCGAACGUUCAGCUACAAAGUAGCCAAUACUCUAACGUCCAAGAGCAGAAUAAUCAAUACAGGAGGCCUGUGGAACAAACUUUGUACGUACCUUACGAAAGUGGAGCAGGAGUGAGGCAGUACCAAUCGCCGAAUUCGAACGAAGCUGCAAAUGUUCCAAGAUUGUUUCUAGAAGCUGCGACGGGCCACGUGGUGGACAGAGCCACGGGGAAAGCAUAUAUUUUACAACCUGUUGCCGUUAACAAUAAUUACAAUUAGUUAUGUUUAAUAUUAGCCGAUUAAUUAAUUUAUUUUUUAUGAUUAAAUAACUGUUAUGACAAUUUAUGACAGUUCGUUUAUAAGUUCGUUUAUAGGCUAGUAUAGGUUUCUUUGAAA